CCCCCUACUUCGUGUAGAGCUUGAGAAAAUGUCCUCAGAAGGAACAGAAAGUGUAGUUGGGAGUGAGGUGAUGCCCCUAGACUAUGGGAGCAUGGACGCAGAGAGUAGUCCAUCUCCAUCUAGUUUGGAGAAAACGGUGGAGGGGGUGAGAGGAGAUGAGGUGGUGGAGGUUGGGGAAAAAGAGGUGGUAGAGGUGGGGAGGAAUGAAGUGGUAGGGGUUAGGGUAGAUAGCAUACCCAUCACCAUAGUAGAAGUAGAGGGUAGAGGAGAGAGAGAUUAUGAUGUUAAUGCAGAGAUAGUGGAGGAGGUUAAGCAGUACAGAUCUGAGCUAAGGACCAAGGAUAGCCUGGGUCACUUAGUAGAAAAUUACGAGAUCUCGUCUCUAGUGUUAGUUAGGCCAGCUGGGGUAGAGGAGAGGGCGUGCUCUGCUCCUCGGGAUCAUUGGAUGCCUGUGUAUUCCCACUAUUUGAUAGCGGGACUCAGGUUUCCACUUCCUGAGUUGCUAGUGGGUUUACUGUUAGAUUACAACAUAGGGUUGACACAGUUGGUCCCCAACGCAAUGAGGGGGGGUAGUAGGAGAGAUAAGGGGUGGUAUUAUUUCACCCUGAGGGUAGCUAGUAAGGAGAGUAGGUCGUUGUUUAUGGUGGGUCCUUCAUCCAUUAAAGGAUGGAAGGAGAAAUUCUUUUUUGUAGAUGAUACGGAGUGGGGGAAAGGGGAUGCCGAGAGUAAUGUAGAGUAUAGAACUGUGAUUAAUAUUGUGUAUUCUUGUUUUGCAGCUGAAAUGGACCAGUUUUUAAACACUACUGGAGGAGCGGCCAUCCCCAAGAAGCCAAGGAAGAAGUCAAAGACUUCAACCAAGCAAGUGGAUGAGGGGAGGGCGAGGAAGGAGGUAGUGCCCACGACUUCAGUUGAGGCGGAGGAGGAGGUGCCACAGUUGAAGAGGAAGGGGUGGGAGGAGAGGAGGGCACUACAGAAGAAGCAGAGGGUGGUGGAGGAGGAGACAGGGAAUGAGGUCCCUGUGUUCGUACCUCAGCCUCCUCCUGUUGAGCUGAACCUUGAGCUCAGACAGUUGGAGGAGGGGGCUGAGGUACGAGCUCCUGGUAAGGGAAAGGGCCCUGUUCCCCCACUGGGGCCUCAGAGCAGCUUGUUCGCGGCAAAGAACAUAACGGGGGCUAGGUGGUUCAUCAACAACACCUUCCCCGAAGUGGACAGAUGCAACGCGCGGGAGGAAGCUUUGAGGUAUGGUGGAGCGUCCGUGGUGAAGCAUGUUCUAGAGGAAUUCAAGGAAAACCUGAAGGAGCGCUCACUCUUGCAGAUGCAGUGUGACCAACUGCAGAAGGAGAAGGAGGAGUUGGAGAAGAAGAAUAAGGAACUACAAGAGUCUCUGAAUGAGGUGGUUCCAACUGUUUCACAGUUGGAGCAGGAGAGGGCUUCCUUAAGCACCAAGCUCGCUUUUGAGGAGAGCAAACGAAGGAUCUCUGAAAGCGAGCGUGAGGUUCAGGCGCAAGAAAUGAAGCUGAUGACAAAGGCAUUCAAGGAGCUGAAGAGGAAUAUGCAGAAGUUGGUGCAUAAUGGGAUGAAGGAGCACAUCAGCAACUUCAUCAGUUCCAGCUCGUUUGACAGCAUCAUCAACUUGUACCAGCUGCCCACUGCCAUCAUUGCUUUCACGGACUGCAGAAAGAAGGUGAAGGCUGAAUAUCCCGAAGUGGAUGUAACAAAGAUCACCUUCGGCGAGCAAGAAGGAGGAGUGGAGGAGGAUGGCGAAAGCAUGUCAGCAGACUUUCGUCCUCAGAUUAAGCUAAGGUGGGAGGAUGAUGCAGACGGUCUUGCUGUUUUCCCUCCACAAUUCGACUUCGAGUUCGUUGCAGUGGAGGAAGAAGGGGCAGAGGUAGAGGAGGACGAGAUGGAGGCAAGAGUGGGGGGAACUGAAGUGGAUGAGAGCCAACCAGUUCCAGAAGUGGAGAUUCAUCCAGUUCCUUCUGACGAUGAGCAGCCUCCUCUGCCAGACGAGCAGCAGCCAACACAGCCACCUCCUCCAGCUGAGCAGGAGCCAGUGGAGCCACCUCUCCCAGCAGAGAAAUAAUUUUGUUUGUUUGUUUUUAAUUUUUUGUAAAGACAUUUAAUCAGUUUGUAAUACUUAUAUUAUUCUUAAUGAAAGUUUAUUUUUGAA